GUGAAUCUGGCCCUUAUAAUAAUAACAAUAAUAACAACUUCAGCCAACAACCCCCCCUGUGGUGAUUGAUUUUCUCCCUCUGUUUGGAUUUGAUUUCUGCCUGCAUUCCUCUUCUCUCAAGAGUCACAUCCUCAGCCCUUCAUUUUAUCAUUUUAUCAUUCAUUCAUUGUAUUUGGUCUAGUCUAGUCCAGGUUUACUCUGUGCUCGAAAGUUAAUCGAGCUCUGAAACUCCCCCCAAACCGUGGUUCGCGCCAAUCUGCGACGGGCGGUUUCCCCUUCUACUCGCAUCUUUCUCUCACUUUCCCUCGGCCUGUCAUCAAACAUCCACAUCCCUACUGCUAAACCAUUGCCCGUGUUUUGUCCCUCCUUUGCCCCAACCCAAACCCCCCUCACAUUCGUUUCUGACAUAUUAAUCCACCCAAAUCCACCAUGUCUUUGAAAGACGUGUACCAGCGCUUUUUGGCCAACCCCAACUCGGCGCCCCUGGCCUCCGAUGCGUCCUUGAUCUAUAUCACCACCACCACCAAGCUGGAUGGCGCAUCCGCGGUGGUCAGCCAUCUCACCAAGCAGCAGAGAGUCGUCAAAACCAGGUCGGAAAACGUUCUGGAUGUGAUCGAGAGCGCCAACUCCCUCUGCUUGGACAUUGAGACUACCCUAGAGUUCGUGUCUGGAGGCGGGGCCUAUCUUCCCUCACUUGACGAUAACUUCCUGGCUGACCACGUCGCGACUUUCCCCACGAUCCAUAUCGUUCGCUUCAAUUCGCAGAAUCAGAUCCAGAAUGUCCGAAUCUACUGGGACCAAGCGUCGCUACUGAAACAAGUCGAAGUGAUCGGUUCCCGUAGUCGCAGCUGGCCGAUUCGCGAACCCAAGGAUCAGAUUCGCCUGAUCAAGUCCGCUAUUUCCUCCAACCCAGGCGACGACGGACCUGCAACCUCAUUCCCCGCAACAACCGAGAGCAGCGAGGAACGUAGCAAGAAGGGUUCCCCCGGAAAGAGACAUAUCAAAGAUCCCCACGCCGCUGAGUCACUCUUCGAGCUCCUCUCCCCUGAAAAGGACCGAAGCGACCCAGUUCGCGCACCUCGUGCUCCUGCAUCUGCAAAGCCCCCGCCCCGCGAUCCCAAGGAAAUCUUCCAUGAAGACGCCGAUGUUCCCGACACGCCGUCUCGGAGUAGGAUCGCUCCCAAGGCUGGUGCUAGCAAGAACUUCCAGCGCCAGCGUAUCUUCGAUGAUGAUGAGACGGUCGCUGCGGAAGGUGGUCACGAGCAGAUUGCCUAUCGGGCUAACCCGAAGCGCCUCGAACACUUCGAGCUCGGUGGGGACAACAGUGAGCGGGAGAUCAAGGAAAAGCCCAGCCGUCCUGUGUCGCGCCAGGCACCUCACUGGGACUUUGAUGACUUCGUGACGCCCGAGAAGCCCAAGCGUCCGCUUCGUGGGGAGCAAAUCCGUCACUUUGGCUGGAGUGAUGAUGAGCCGGACCUCACUUCACCUCCGGCCCAUCCCCCGGUGCACCGUCCCCGUCGCGAUGCCGAAACCCACUUCGUCCUGACAGACGAUCCCGAGGAGGACAAGAACGCCCCUCGUAUCAUCAGUUCCUUCCAGAACAAGGGUCUGAGUCUCUAUAAGAACCACCUCUUCCAAGAUGAGGAGGAAGCCGCUGACGAGAACGCCCCUCUGUCUGUUGUCAACAACGGCCCCAACCGCAAGAAGGACUACGAAACCCACUGGAAUAUCACCGCCGAGUCGCCCCAGAACAGCAAGGUUAGCAGUGAGAACAUGAAGCCUGUUCCCGGAGAUCGCCAGAAGGCUCUUAAGAACAUGCAGUCGUCCUGGGAUGACCCUGAGCAGUCGCCGGAGAAGGCGGCCCCUCCCCAGCGUCGCGCCAUGCGUCAUCUCAAUCAGCGCAGCUGGGAUAUGGGAGAGAACUAAAUGAUGUAUCCAAUCAUUCAAUGAGCUGAAUGUCACACCCACCUGUCUAUCAGAUCUACUGACCAUCGGGCCUGCGCUCCUUACUCACUAAACUCCAUACAGCGACGACAAGUCUUCCACAUCAUGUUUCACUGAAGAGCACACCCAAAAGCCUGCAUAUGAUACUUUAUUCCCGCCGUGAACGAUAGCAGAGUCAACGCAUGCACGGAUCUAUGAUAAACCACAUGUUCUUGUUGUGUUUUCGAUUCCAUUUUUCCAUCCUCAGUUUCUAGCUGUGUAUUUUGUUUACCUACAGUUCAAUAUGAUUGUCUUAUUGCUUACUUGAUGUCCCUUAUUCGCUUCUUGUAAGAACUUCCCCACUGCUGAUUAUUCUUGUCCUUGGUUGCUUUGGUCCACCUAUGGUUUGCAUUCCGCAUUGUCUGCUAGAUACGAGUAGUCGGCACAAUUGUAUGCCCAGACGAAUGAAAUACCAU